AUGGCGCUUACGAUUCAGCCUCCCUUCUCAUCCUCUUCCUGUUUCCUGGGAGCCAACGAAGGACCCUUCUGUCGGCCUUUGUGGUCCGUACCAUGCAAGCACCAGCACUGGCCAGGCCCCAGCAGCACCGAGAACCUAGCGGGAGCGCUCAGGCACCGCAUCCCUCGCCGCGCGCCCCGGUCUCCACGGCAACCAGGGAGGCGCCGACCCCUGACCCCGCGGCCCCGCCCGGCCCCGCCCCUCGCGUUCCCAGGAUCAACAUGGAGAAGGCGAACCCGGAAGUGCCGCCGCCGCCGCCCGCCCGGUGCUAGGAGCCGCUGGCCCGGCCAGGCCGAGCCCCGCGCCCGCAGCCCUGCAGCUCGCGGCCCGCCCCGCGCCCCGCCGGCGCCGGGGCGUCCGCGUCCCCCGCCCCGUCCCACUCCGCCCUCGGGCGACCCGCCUCCGUCCGGGAGGAGGAGCCCAGGCGAGGGGGAGGAGGAGGGAGAGGUUUGCGAGAGGGAGCAAGGCCGCGCGAGCCGCCGGCGGUUCGUAUUACCGGGGUUGGGAGGAGGAGCCGGGCCGGCCGGCGGGCGAGCGGGGCGGGCAGGAGGCGUGGGGAGGCGUAGGCGGCCUGGCCGCAGGAGGCAGGCGGGAGGCCGGGCGCGCCUCCCACCUCCACAGCCCCUGAGCGGCCAGGCCUCACCUGCCCGCAGGCCCCGGAGCCGCCGCCGCCCAGGGCCGUCCCCGGGCGGGCACCGGGGGACGGUGGCUACGCGAGUCGCGCGGGUCCGCGCGGAGGCCUGGACGGUGCGGCCAGGUGAUGUGGGCCCCUGUGCUUCUCCAGAGGAAAGGGACCCCCAGAGCAGCCGUGCCCCCGGGCUUCCCCCGCGAGGCGCUCUGACAUCUGCCCUAGGGUAG